GACUGAUAAGUCUAAGUUUCCUUCUGAGGGACUCGAAUAAGAGUGCACACAUGUCGAUGGACCAAGAGGACUGCCACCUGUGUAAGGAGUACCUCAGGGACCCUGUAUCCAUUCCCUGUGGACAUAGCUUCUGCUCCGUCUGCCUCAAGACCUAUUGGGAUCAUGCCGACAGCACUGGGACCUAUGUCUGCCCCCAAUGCAGGGUCACCUACAACAGGAGACCCACACCCCGUCGGGUACAGGGCUCCAGACAGUCGGGGGACCACCGGAUUUCCGAGUCCUACCCGCCUCCCCCUCCGUCCCCCGACUACAACUACGCCGGCCCCAGGGACGUGGGCUGCGACAUCUGCAUCGGCAGGAAGCACAAGGCCGUCAAGUCCUGCCUCAUGUGCCUGGCGUCCUACUGCGAGAAGCACCUGAAGCCCCAUUUCGAGUCGUCCACCUUCAAGAGGCACAAGCUGGUGGAUGAGAUUGGCCACCUGGACCGACAGAUCUGCCCGCAGCACCAGAAGGGUCUGGAGCUGUACUGCCGCACCGACCAGAUGUGUAUCUGUGUCCUCUGCACCGUGAAGGAGCACAAGGGCCACGACAUGGUUUCGGCCGAGACAGAGAGGGCAGAGAAACAGAAUCUGCUGGGUGCCACCCAGGCAGAAAUCCAGCAGAAGAUCCACGAGAGAGUGAAACAGAUGGAUGAACUGAAACAUGCGGUGGAUGCUCUGAAGAGCUCGGCCCAGAGAGCCCUGCAGGAGAGCGAGAAGCUGUUCGGGGACAUGCUGCGCUCCAUCGAGAGGAUGCAGGCCGAGAUGAGCAAGCUCAUCUCCUCCAACAAGAAGUCGGCCCUCAACACGGCGGAGGGCCACAUGGAGAGGCUAUCCCAGGAGAUCGCUGACCUGAAGAAGAGGGAUGCCGAGCUGUCACAGCUCUCCCGAACGGAGGACCACAUCCACUUCAUCCAGAGCUUCCACAUGCUUAUUGCCCAGACUGAAGCUGAGGAGCUGCCCACUGUGUCUGUGAACCCCUACUUCUCCUUUGGAUCAGUGACCAAAACUGUCUCCCAAAUGAAGGAACAUCUGAAUGAGUACAGCAAUGAAGAGCUGGUGAAGGUAGCAAAAACAGUCAAUAAGAUGCCAUUUUGCCAACUGGAUGACCGCAAAAAGAGACGCACCAUGAAAUCCAAUGACGUUGGACUCUACAAAUCACCAAGCCACGAGCCUCGGACAAGAGAUGAGUUCUUGCAAUUUGCCUGUCAACUCACUUUGGACCCAAACACAGCCUAUAGGCAGCUGUACUUGUCGAGAGGAAACAGGAAAGCAGCACUGAAAAGAGACGCCCAGUCAUACGGCGAUAGCGCACAGCGAUUCGACUGCCUGCCCCAGGUCCUCUGUAAGGAGCCCCUGACUGGGGGCGCUUAUUACUGGGAGGUGGAGUGGAGUGGGGAGGGGGCCUCCAUAGGAGUCACUUACAAGGGAAUCAAGAGAACAGGCUACGGGGAUGCAUGCCGCAUCGGAUACAACAGAAAAUCCUGGAGUCUGUUCUGCUCUGACUCCAGCUACUCCGCCCGCCACAACAAGGACCAAAUUGAGAUAAACGCCCCAUACUCGUCCCGCAUCGGCGUCUUCCUGGACCAUUCUGCUGGCACCCUGUCCUUCUACAAUGUCUCUGAUACCAUGUCCCUCAUCCACAGGUUCCAAGCUUCCUUUAACGAGACCCUCUAUGCUGGCUUCUGGGUCUGGUAUGAAUCUGCCAUCACCAUAGUCCAACUGUAAAUAUGCUUUACGUAUAAUGUCAAAACACCAGAAUAACAAUUUUGUCACUAACACAUUAGAAACACUCUAAAAGCCUUUCCUUUAACUGAGUUGCUCAUAUGAACAGUAUGUGAAUUGGUGAAAUGGGAUUACUGACUUUUCCUUAACAAUAGCUUGUAAAAAGCAGUUGGAUAACCUAAUCUUCAAACUCUCAAAAUUGCUUUUAUAGUAAAAUUCUACUAUGCUUUUAACUGUGAUUAUUGUUAUAUAAUGGCAACAGACGGGAAGGAAAUGUAUAACUGCGACUUACGACAUGCUAUAGUCUAUAUGUUAUUCUGCUUGCCAGUGUAAAUAGAAAUGAGACAUGUAGUAAAAUACUGUAGGUUACAGACGUUUAUUACACAGUAUUUGUUUCUAAAAGAUGUGUUACAUGAAG